CAAAAAUAAAGUCUUUUUAAAAAUGAGGAUCUUACUGUGCCUUGGGAAACCUUCAGUCUAGUGUAACUUUCUCCAAAGUUACCAGGUGUUAAGAGAAAAAAAAAAAAGUACCAUUUUCCAACAAAGUUUUCUAAACACUGGCUAAAACAAUAUGAAACAGGUUUCUUAAUUGCAGGACUUCUCAGAGCCUUUACUUUCCCAGUUAUAUGUCGUCCCUCUCUAGCAUUUCCCAAAGUUAUUGGACCCUUCCUCUGCAUAAUAUCCUCAAAGUAACAUCUGGAUAUAUUUCUCUGUCACACGCACACAGCUCUAUUGAGAUAUAAUUCGCAUACCAUGUAAUUUACCCUUUUUAAAUAUAUAAUCCAGUGGUUUCUAGAAUAAACCACAGUGGUGAAACCAUCACUAAUUUCAGAACAUUUUCACACCCCAAAAAGAAACCCCAGUAACCAUGGUAAUAUCAGUUCCUCACCCCAAUUCCUGGCAACCACUAAUCUACUUUCUGCCUCCAUAGUUUGACUGAUUCCGGACAUUUCAUAGAAACGCAGUAACAUAACGUGUCCUUUUGUGUCUGGCUUCCUUCCCUCAGCAUCACGUUUUCAAGGUGCAUCUGUGUGGUACUGGUACCAGGAGGCCAUGCCUUUUCAUUCCCAGAUGAUGUUCCAUUGGAUGGCUCCGCCAUAUUUUGUGUAUCCAGCCAAUCAUUGAUGGACACUUGGGUUGUUGGUUGUUUCUGCUCUUGGGCUCUUGGGAACUGCCCUGUGCUGAACAUUCGUGUACGGGUUUUUACGUGGCAGUCUGUUUGCAUUUCUCUCGGUGAGAUCCUUAGGAUCUUACGGCUGCCCCACGCUUCGUUCCCCCAGCCGCAUACAAGGGUUCCAGUUUCUCUCCAUCGUCACUAAUGCUUUGUUGUCUGUCCUUUCGAUUCUUGAUUCUUGUCCUAGUGGCUCUGAAGUGGUAUCUCGUUAUGGUUUUGAUUUGCAUUUUCCUGACCCAUCAUGCUGGGCGUCUCCCACGUGCUUUAUGGUUAUUUGCAUAUCUUCUUUGGAGAAACAGUUGGGUUGACCUGUGCUGGGUCGAUUUUCACUUCAAAUCUUUUGCCCAUUUUUUAACUCCACCCAGCCGUAGGGGCGGUGUGGUGUCCGGUAAGAGGGUCGUCCUUUAUUCAGCGGACUUCUCUGGGCCACAGCCUCUUGCCAGGAGGCUGAUGCCAACCUUCUCUCCCGCGGGCAGAUUCUGGACUCAGAGCUCUUUGAGCUGAUGCAUCAGAACGGGGACUACACUCACUUCUAUUUCUGCUACUGCUGGUUCCUGCUGGAUUUCAAGCGAGAACUCGUCUACGAUGACGUCUUCUCUGUCUGGGAGACCAUCUGGGCAGCCAAACACGUCUCGUCCGCCCACUAUGUCCUCUUCAUCGCGCUGGCUCUGGUGGAGGUCUACCGUGACAUCAUCUUGGAGAACAACAUGGAUUUCACGGACAUCAUCAAAUUCUUUAAACGAAAUGGCCGAGCGGCACAACACCAAACACGUCCUGAAGCUGGCCCGGGACCUCGUGUGCAAGGUGCAGACUCUGAUCGAGAACAAGUGAGGGCCUCUCACCCCGGCUGUGUCCGCCGAGCCACCGCCCGCCCCUCCAGCCCGCUUUUCCUCCUGGCGGCCCUGGGAGCAAGGUUCUGGUGUCUGUUCCUGAGCAUGGACUUCUGUGCAAAGAGAAACUACCCCAACUCUGGCCGCCCAGGCAGGUGGGGUCGAGGGGUUGCCCCUUCAGUUCAGCCUUACGUUUUCCCGUUUGACCAAAGAUUGUCCGAGUCUGGGAUUCCUCCCUUGUGGGAGUCAGGGUGCAUCCGUGGACGGAGCGAGCAUUUUCGUGGGUGGCUUCUAGAAUGGUUGCCUCUCUCUGACUCUGUCCCAAUCCCUCCAAACUGUCCUGUCAGAUGCGACGUGGGGAGGGAGUUUUUGGGGGAAUUGGUGUAGGAGAGGUCUGUGGGGCUGCCUCUGUGCUCUGAAAGGGGCCUCUGGAAGUAUUCCAGAACAUGGCUGGAAGGCUAGCUUGGAGCAGUUUCUGCACUUCGGCCCCGUUGACAUUGGGCUGGGUAGCUCUUUUCUGAGAGGGGCUGCGUAUUGUGGUGUGGAGCAGCAACCUUGGCCCCUACCUGCUAGAUGCCAGUAGGGCCCCCUCCCCAACCCAGUUGUGACCACCAAAACGUUUCCAGAUAUGGCCGGAUGUCCCCAUUUGAGAACCCACUGACAUCGGGGCUACCAGUGUAUCUCACUCCCCGCUUUUUCUUUACAUCUCCUGUGUCCUGAGGCUUCCUCCUAUUCGGAAAAAGCCCACAGGAGUCCACAUCCCUCUGAGGGUCUGGAUUCCCUCUGUUGUAUUCUCUCCUCCUUUUCUUCUCCACUGACCCCAGGAGAGACUUCUUUUCUUCUUUUCAAGAAAGGCCUCUCCCUGGAAGGUCUGUGUGUGAGACAGCCUGAGGCUCCCCGGGGUCUGCCCAGAGCCCUCCCCCCUCCACCCCCAGGCAGGGCAGAUUGCACAUCCCUUUCUUCAUCUCCUAGGGAAGACCUCGCCUCUCCUACACAUUGGGUCUGGUGCGCCAGAAGCUGGGAAGGUGUGUGUUGGUGAAAGCCACUUCCAGAGAAAUCUGGGAGGCGGGCUUCUCCCUAGGUACCUUUGGUUGCUCAGGACAAAGGAAGAAGAGGAAAGCAGAGGUCAGCCUGGGUAGACUGGGGCAUGUGUUUUCCUUGGGAAACGUGCUGAUGAACUGGCUAAGUCUGGGCACGGUCCCCUCCGUGUCUUCACACAGAGGGCUGCCAAUCACUGACAGACCCUGAGCUGGCUGGUUUGCCCUGGCUACCCUAGUCUUUCUGUCCAGCCGUCCUGCCAACUCUCUUCUGAGAAUGCAGGGGAAUCAGGAGAAACAGUGUCAGGUUGGAAGGCUCCUCCCCAGAAUGGCAGGGAGGCAUUUGGAGAGGGGAGGAGACUCAAAGCACAGGGAAGCGUUCAUAGAGAGGGUAUGUUAGUCCUCUGUCCUGAGCAAACCAGGAGGGGGAGGAAUCCCUGCCCUGCAUGCUUGUGAAGGCCAACCCCUCGGCCCCAGUGCCUUCAGCUGCACCCAACCCCCCUAGUCCCUGCCGCGGGGGCCUCUUGAGCAGGGCGGACAAAACCUACAUGAUCUUUGCCUCCAAAGAGUGUGCUCUGUGACAAAUGCAUGUCCUAGCUCUGGUCUCCACCUUCCCCGGACGGUGCGGCGGGGGGGGGGGGGGGGGGGGGGGGGCAGGGAAUCUGUGAAAGGCCCCUCCCCCCUCAUCAAAGUGUAUCUAGCCACUCAGCUGAUCGUUACAGAGGACAUCAUUUUAGCAAGACCCAGGUCCUAGACCUUCCGAUUCUUACUUAUUUUCUCAACAGACCAGUCACAAAGUACAGGACACAGUCCCCUCUUCGCCUUCUCUCUCGUGGUGUUACAGAGACGUGUCCGUGGUUGUGAUUUGGAACCACUCCUAUUUAUUCAGCUUACUGUGCUUAUUUCGGUCUCUAUAUAUUGUGUGCGUCCUUGUGUCCUGGAAAUCGAGUGUGUGGGAAGUCGUUCUGUCUAUGGAGUGCCCUCCUCCUUUUCUCAGUGUUGCCAACAUAUCUUGUAACUGUUUACUGAAGUGUUGUGUCUAUACAGAGAGAAAAUAUGUAUCAACAGAGAAAUGUGUGACCAUGGGUUAUUUUCUGUUUCUGCGCCUUGGGAAUUUUUUUUAAUAGGAAGUUGAGAAACGUUCCCUGUGGAAGACUGUGUCCUCCCAACCCCACCCCAGUGACCCAGACCCCGAGUCUCAUGGCAGCUGCCUGGUCUUUCCCCAGGAGGUUCAAGGCAGGUGAAACAGUUCUCACUCCCUUUUAUCAGUUAGCUGUCAACAUGAAUAAUGCUGCAUAACAAAGCAUCCCCAAACUCAGUGGCCUCACACUGCCAUUUGUUUAGCUUGCAAUUCUGUGAUUUGACCGUAUGGGCUGGGAGAGUCUUCUGGUCUGAGAUGGACUUCUUCAUGUGUCUGUGAUCAGCUGAUGGCCAACGAGGCGGCUCCGCUUCUGAUGGUCAGCCGACUGUUGGCGAGGAACGUGGGGGAAACUGAGCCAUGCGUGUCUCACUCCCUGGCAGGCCAGUGUAUGUGUAUGUGUAUGUGGCCAUGGUGGCAGUUUUCAAGAAAGCAAGCAGAAGCGUGCAAGGCCUUUUGAGACCUCGGCUCAGCAUUGGCAUGGAGUCGUUUGUGCCACAUUCUGUUGCUCAGAGUAAGUCACGUGGCUGAGCGCAGAUUCUAAGGUGGGGGAUCCCCCAAGAGCCAGUGCACAGAAAGGGUCCCCCGAAUGGUCUGCCAUUUGAGUCGGGGUCAUAUCUCUAAGUUGACACUGCUGAGAGAGCUCGUCACUCACCCCUGAUGUUCCCCAGACCAGCAGCUUGACCCCCUUGACAUCCACAGUCCCUGCUUGCGGCUACCAUUCAGAGCCUUCGUCAUCAGCCAGAGAAGCAGGGACUGAGUUUGGGGGCGGCACUGGCAGCCUGGGGGAGCCCGGGCUCCACGUUCUCAGCAGACUGCCAGCAGAGGCAAGUCAGAGGCCACACGGCAGUGGGCAGGUGGGGAUUUGUGCUUUGCCAGCGCACAUGGGGGCUUUCUUAGCGGGCAGGCCUGCUCCUUCCUGGGGGACGUUUCUGAGAGCAAAGACCAGUCCUGAUGUUCUGAGCAUGCUUUAGAGCCCCCCGUCUCAUUUCCCCCAACUCCAGCCAUCGCUUGGUACAUGUGGCUGUCCUGGAACUCCCCACAAUUGCUUGUAGCCAGCUGCCCAGCACCCCCAGACCCAGGCAGUGCCCCCCGUGUGGGUUCUGUGUGCUCAGAUGCCUGGUUGCGGGCACCGCUGACUUUCAGUCAUUGACGAUGUGUGUUACAGGAAAAGAAACCUUAAGAGAAUGUUUCUGCUGCUGUCAAGACUUUCCUAAAUGCAUGCAUUUGAGCUUUGCGUAGAUGUGAACAGAUAAGACUUGGAUCGCUGGGCCUAUUUUAAUGACUCAGUGGCAGGAUGGAGACGUGCUGUCUGUUUCUGUGUUUAUGGACACAGAAUUGUGGCUGGACUCCUGCCAUCCUUUUCCAUCUCCUAGCCCUUUUUGCUUCUUUCUCUUCUCUUCCCCCUCCUCCCCAGGCUCCCUUCUCUCCUGCCUCAUCACCUUGUAGCCGAGAGCAUUCGGAUGGUGUCUUGCUCAUGGUUUGUCUUUUUCUUUCUUUCUUUCUUUC